AUGUCACAUGAUAGUAGUAUGCUCGUUAUACACUUCUUUCUUGUAUAUCUUUGUCAUUUUUCAUGGUGUUUAUACGACCGGACAAAUCUUAUUGCGGGUGUUAAAAUAGCUGCCAAUGAUGACAUUCUUGUUUCAGCAUCGAAUGCAUUUUCGAAUUUUGCAGUUGCCAUUCAUCCAUUUCGAAAUGCUGCUCUUAAUAGAUCGACGCAUUGUAAUAUACGAUAUGGCACAAACGAUCAAUUCGUCCACAGUGUUGCUGUGAUUGGCAAUGAAAAGAAUAGUUCAACUCUUGACAUAGUCAAAUUUGUUUUUACUGCAGAGAAAAUGUCAACAAUGACACCGUAUGUCUGCAUUAUCUCGAUAUCUAAAUCAACGUGUAAGAGCACAUUAGAAUGCAAUGAUGUGUAUACACACGGGUUUCCUCAAGAAUACUUUUUGAUUGGCGUUGAUCGUAGUGAGAAAUAUGCGUAUGGCUUUACGAGCUCGUUUGUUUUCAAAUUGAACAUUCAAACCAAUGAAAUCGUUUUGAACCGAAUGGCAAAUGAUACAUGGCCAUCGUUACAUUUUAUUCCACGUGCUCUCGAUAUCGCUGAUUCAUGGGCUGUGAUUGUUGGCUAUGGCUAUGAGAAUUCGAUCGAAAAAGAUUACAAUGAUCUCGGUUGUCUGAUUGAUCUUUCUGAGUUAACGAAAUUGUCAUGUCUCUUGCUCAAUGCCGAAACAACGUAUAUCGUACCAUCGGAUGUUGUGACAUUCAAUGAACUGUAUGAAAUGUCAGUGUCCAUUCGCAAUCAGACCAUAUUGGUUGGUAUACAUCGUUUUGAGUCGGUUGUAGUCUUAGAAAAGAACAACACAUCACUGAGUAUUGUUAAUACACAUACAGUCCAUUUUUCGCAUUCAUCGUCUUUUGGCCGUGGCGUCGCGUGGAUUGAUAAUCGAACUUUUGCUGUUCUGACACGCACAACUACUCUGCAAACAUGUGGAUCUCAAUCAAUGAUCUUCAUUUAUGAUGGCGCACUCGUUACGUCCACUUCAGCACUUCAUACUUUUCCCAAUAACCAGCAAAUACUUGGUAGCCGGUUGUCGAAUCCACAUUUUGUACGGAUGACUAUUACACCAAAAGGAAAUAUGGUUGUACUAACCGACCAUGCCGACAUUCUCAUGAUUCCGACUGCUCCGAUUGGUUACACAUCAGUAUGGAUCGACACAUCUGCUCUAAUUUAUAGAUUUAGAUACGUCCCAAUGCCGUGUAUUGGAGGUACGUACAAGAAUCAUUCGGGAAUAGGCCCCUGCCGUAUUUGUCCUCCGCGUACACAAAAUCCGGGAAUCAGCGUCAAGCAAGAAAGUAUAUGCGUGCCGUGUUCGAAUUCAUUUUGUCCAUUGGGUGCAUCCGCGGAUAUCGAUUCGAGUAUUGUACCUUCGUAUAAUCAAGCCGUAGAUUAUCCUGAAACAGAUGAUACAACAGACAUUGAAGAUAUUUUACUUCAGAACGUAUUUUACAUAGGUUCUGAAUUCCGCUGUAUGAUUAUUUCACCGCUGCUCUGGACGUUAAUCGUAGGUAUUCUGUGUUCGAUUAUUGGCCUUGCGAUGUGUCUUCUGAAACGAGAUCGGUAUCAUGGAUGGCGAUCCUAUCGAAAUUGUGCCAAACUCAUUUUUAAACACACAGAUAUUAUUGGCGAAGGAGAAUUAUGGGUUGGUGGUUUAGCGACGUUUGCUAUUGUUGUUCUCGUCGCAUUUUCAUACUGGUUUUCAGCAGCAUUCAUUCAACGUUAUCCGAUCGAACGCAUAUCCGAAUCCGUUCUGUUUGCAUGCAAUCCAUCAUUAAUGAACGCAAAAUUUUCGAGCAGUCUGCAGCUCCUUGCAUUGCCAAAAUCGAUUGAUUCACAAGCGAUCUUUAAUUUACUCAAUCAACAAAAAUUUCAGCUGACUCUCGAGCUAGUUAAUACUGGAUUUAUGUGUCGUAAUAUCAAAGCACAGGAGAAUUUCGUCGAUUCAAACUUUAUUCAUUUAUCAAUCGAAUGCACUCGACCGGCCUCAAAUGCUACUACUUCAGUCUCAUUUCAAUUGCCAACACAUUCGUCGAAUGUUCAAAUUAAUAUGAGUGGACCACAUUGGAUUGGUGGUUUUCGUUUAUGCAUUCGUGGUGAUGGUGUAGUCGACGGAAGCAGUACACUACGUUCACUCGAUUUCUGUCANCAGGAGAAUUUCGUCGAUUCAAACUUUAUUCAUUUAUCAAUCGAAUGCACUCGACCGGCCUCAAAUGCUACUACUUCAGUCUCAUUUCAAUUGCCAACACAUUCGUCGAAUGUUCAAAUUAAUAUGAGUGGACCACAUUGGAUUGGUGGUUUUCGUUUAUGCAUUCGUGGUGAUGGUGUAGUCGACGGAAGCAGUACACUACGUUCACUCGAUUUCUGUCAAUUCUUUUCCGCAUUGAAUCAAACGAUAGGAAGAAAAACUUUGGUAUCCAUUACUUUUACUAAAAACAUCAAUAUUACUCGAGGAUUGAACCCGGAAGAUAGUACUCUAUAUACGGGCUUAUGGAUACCAACUUUUGGUAGUGUGAAAUUAACAGAUGACGCAUACUAUGCUGAAUUCGGCAAUUAUUUACGUUAUACAUCGUCAUUGACGAUUAUUCAGAUCGUUCUGGAUGAACGACCGUUUUUUGUGAAGAAUGUCCAAGAACCAAUCGUUCGUCGAGCUGAAUUGAUCUUCCAUGCCUUAUUAUUUACCUCAUUGUGCAUCGAAUUGUUUGCUUUUGUAUUUCUCCUAACGAAACUUCUUCUCAUGCCUUUUCUACGAUUGAUACAAAAUAGAUGGAGGCAGUGUUAUUAUCGUCAGAAAAGGAGCUCUACUGUUGAUAUGAGCAGUUCUACAUCAACACAAGUUACUCAGACCAGUAGAGUUGUUGAUUCAUUCGAAGGAUCUACCGCGUUCUAG